AUGCAGAUGGAUAGAAAAACGCAAAUCAUCGACUACGAUGGAAACAUCAUGGAGGAUCUAAAAGAAUGGAUGAUUAGGAAUAAGCUAGCUAAUCUUGGGUUCAACUAUAACGUGAUAGCAAUAUUGGGAAGCCAGAGUAGUGGGAAAAGUACUCUCCUGAAUAAUUUAUUUAAAACAUCAUUCGAUGUAAUGAACACAAAACUGGGUCAUAGUCAGACAACCCAGGGGUUAUGGUUAAGUUUCGAUACAUUUGAGGAUACUUCGGUUACCCCUUCCGAGCAGGGCAGUACCACCAAUCGAGUGAACCCCACACUGAUUUUAGAUGUUGAGGGAAACGAUUCUAAAGAAAGAGGAGACAAUCGCCUAACCUUUGAGCACAGAUCAGCACUGUUUUCUUUGGCACUGGCAGAUUGCGUAAUUGUGAACCUGUGGUACCACUCGUUAGGGAAUUUCACAGCAUCGAAUUAUGGAUUGUUAAAAACAGUGAUGGAAGUGAAUCUGGAGUUGUUUCAACAGGAUAAAAAUUGUCCAAAAACGAUUUUGCUAUUCACAGUGAGAGACUGGUUCGAAGAGUUCGCAUCCAUAGACAUUGUGAAAAAUAAAAUUGAAGAGGAAUAUUUAAACAAAAUAUGGACUGAAAUGAAAAAACCACCAGAUGCAGAAAAGGUAAAUAUAAAUAACUACUUCAUCGUUGAAGUGGUAGGAUUAUCUCAUGGAAUUAUAAAAAAGGAAGAGUUUUUAAAAGAUGUACAAAAUUUAAGGAUGAAAUGGAUUAAUCAUUUGAGACCUCAACACUAUUCGAGGAAUAUCCCUUCUGAUGGUUUCGCUCAUUAUUGCAAUAAUAUUUGGAAUACCAUCGUGAAGCAAUCCCAAUUAGACAUUCCAUCACAGAAGGAAAUGUUAGCUACCUUUCGAUGUCAAGAAAUUAAAAAUAGCGUCAUUAGUAACACUUCCAAAAUGAUAAAGGAGAAAUUAGCUGCAUCAUCCACGCAGCAUGGUAAUAUCAACAUUGAUGAGUUUAAAUCGUGGGCUGAAAAAGACAUAGUAGAAAAAAGCCUCGAUGAAUACUUUGUGGAUGCAUCUAGGUAUACAGAAAGCAUAUGCCUAAAGACAUCAGAGGAGUUGCUGGAGAGUCUGUUCAUACAACUACAAAGCAUUGUGGAUAAUAAUUUAAAUUUUACGCAGAGGGUACUGUCCGCCAAAUUUGCAAACGAGCUGAACACCAUGUACAGUGUGUGCACAUCGGAUAAGAACGUGUUCCUUUUCAGCAAAGAGUCCAAUCUGCAAGUACGUAAAGAUGGCAAGGGAGGUACUUCUUCUCCCAAGGAGGAUAAGAAGGAUAAGAUGGAUAAAAAUAAUAGUCAGGAUAAAUGCAUUCGGUUAUGGUCCAGUUUUCUGUUCAAUGCGGAUAAGCUUGAGUACAACACUUUGUAUAACUUCUUUGAGGAUUAUGAAAAAUGCAACAUUGAAAUUAAAAAGAGAAAUAAAAUCCACGAAUUUAAUUAUAAACCCUCCUUGAGCAUCCUCUCUACCGCUAUUUGCAAAGACCUGAACAGAAUUCGAAAUGCGCAGUUCACUGUCCUACUGGACCGUACCAGGGCCACUAUCAAA